AUGGAUCCAACUCUUCUAAUAGGGGAUAUUGUGGAGAGGGACUCGAAAGAGAAGAAGCCGGUAAAAUUCCCUGAUGCCCCGACGUCGUCUGCUGGAUUUCCCCAACACAAGAGGCGAUGGAACAACUCCACAUUCAAACAACAAAGAGCUGGUAAUUUUGCCAAGAAGGAACCUGUAGCUGAGUCGAACGGGAGAGAUGGUGCACCGGGGAGCGCAAACCAGAAGGUUGAAGCUGCGCAGGACUUCGAUCAGAUGGAACGACAGCGCAUCGACCAAGAAAACAGACAAAAACUGUCGGCAAUGACACCACAGGAGAUUGCACAAGCGCAGGAAGAUAUCAUGACCGGGCUGAACCCUGGCCUCAUCCAGCGCCUACUGCAACGCGCCACUAUAGAUGAGCCGACUUCUCCUUCGCCUUUUGAUCUCCCAAAUGACGAAAACAAGACGCAAAUGCAGCCCGAGAAGUUGGCCGAGACCAGUCCUCCAGUGAUUAAGAUAGCCGAUUCGGAACAGUCGCGUGACGAGCAGCCUUCAGCUAAAACACCCAAUAAUGCGUCAACGUCGGGCAGCAAAGAAACCAUACGACCUUCGUCUAAGAAUAUUGCAGACGACUAUGACGAAGACAGAGCACCCAAGCAAAUUCCUUCAGAUUUGUUCCCCAUUACAGACCAACCGACGUCCACGCACUUCCCGGUUCCGCCUAACCUGCCGGAUCUCGACCCGUCCGACCCCAACUUCCUCGCAACUCUUCACGAAAAAUAUUUCCCGAACCUCCCUGCAGACCCAAGCAAGCUCGCUUGGAUGGCACCUGUGCCUAGCGAAGACAGCAUCGCUGACAAAGAUUCAUCGUACUACCCACAUCCCGAAAUUUCCGUUUCCGCUCUUCGGUUUGAUUUCCGCGGCCGUUUUCUCUCCCCCAGGGUUAGCCGCUCCAUUCCUUCCACCAAGGGUCUACACCAUCACGGAGAAGCACCGGAGGCAGCCGGCUACACCAUUGCAGAACUCGCACGCCUAGCUAGGAGUGCUGUGCCGGCUCAACGCUGCAUGGCUUAUCAAACCCUCGGACGGAUCUUGUACCGCCUAGGCAAAGGGGAGUGGGGCAAAACUGAUAAUGAUCCUAUUGCCAUGGGCAUAUGGGCUGCUGUCAAGAAAGGCCGAGUGCUUGAGAGCUUAAUGGAAGCCGCCGCUGGCGAGGGCGGUCAUAGGGGCAGCAGGGCAUAUGCAACAGAAGCAUUGUGGCUCUUUGAGAGGGGGGGCUGGAAAGAAAAGUUCAAAGGGCGAUGA